AUGGGCGCUCACCCUUACUCGUCGCUGGAGGACCUCCCAGGCUACGUGCCGCCGCGCCUCUCCCUGUUCGAGAUCGCCGGGCCCUUCCUCGGUGCCUCCCUCCUAAUCCUUGCCACCGUCUGGCUCCUCUCGGGUACAGUACAACCACACUCCAGGAGGCUGUCGAAGGCCGACCGGCUUCUCAUGUGUUGGUGGGCGUUCACUGGAGUCACCCACGUGCUCUUCCAAGGAUUCUUCCUCUUCACCCCCGAUUUCUUCACCAGGAAGAACCCCAACUACUUCGAUGAACUCUGGAAGGAGUAUAGCAAGGGUGACUCCAGGUACGUCGCCAGGGACACCGCCACCCUCGCCGUCGAGGGGAUCAUGGUUCUGCUGCAAGGCCCUGGGUCGCUGUUUGCAGUCUAUGCUAUUGCAUCGCGGAAGUCAUACAGCCUUGUCCUUCAGUUCGCCGUGAGCCUGGGUCAUCUCUAUGGAAAUACUGUCUACUAUACUACUGCCUAUUUGGAUGGCUUCAACUUCUCGGCCAGUCAAUUCUACUUCUGGGUGUAUUUCAUCGGAGCAAACAGUUCAUGGUUCUUGAUACCACUACUUAUCGCCAGAAAUAGUUGGAAGAAGAUAUGCGUCGCGAUUCAUCAGGCUGAAAAGGUGAAGACUAAGUAA